UACUGUCCUUUUCCCUAGUGCUGUCCGAGACCAGAGACAUGCCAUUAGCCAAGGACUUACUACACCCCUCUCUCGAGGAGGAGAAGAGACGAUGUAAGCUGAAGCGCCUUGUACAGAGCCCUAACUCCUACUUCAUGGAUGUCAAAUGUCCAGGUUGCUAUAAAAUAACAACGGUGUUCAGCCAUGCCCAGACAGUAGUAUUGUGCGUCGGAUGUUCCACAGUUCUGUGCCAACCCACAGGUGUUAAAGCCAGGCUCACAGAAGGAUGUUCGUUCCGCAGAAAGCAGCACUAAAUAUUAACAUGGACGUGUGUGAGUCGAGAGAAAUCAAGAUGGCGGGGCUGG